AUGUUCAAACUGAAAGAGACCAGACGGAGACGGAGAGCAAGAUGGAGGACGGAGAGCGAGACGGAGACGGAGAGCGAGACGGAGAGUGAGACGGAGAUGGAGAGCGAGACAGAGAGUGAGACGGAGAGUGAGAUGGAGACGGAGAGCGAGACGGAGACGGAGAGUGAGAUGGAGACGGAGAGCGAGACGGAGAGCGAGAUGGAGACGGAGAGCGAGACGGAGACGGAGAGCGAGACGGAGACGGAGAGCGAGACAGAGAGUGAGACGGAGAGUGAGAUGGAGACGGAGAGCGUGACGGAGAUGGAGAGUGAGAUGGAGACGGAGAGCGAGACGGAGAGCGAGAUGGAGACGGAGAGCGAGACGGAGACGGAGAGUGAGAUGGAGACGGAGAGCGAGACGGAGACAGAGAGCGAGACGGAGACGGAGAGCGAGACGGAGAGUGAGACGGAGAUGGAGAGCGAGACAGAGAGUGAGACGGAGAGUGAGAUGGAGACGGAGAGCGAGACGGAGACGGAGAGUGAGAUGGAGACGGAGAGCGAGACGGAGAGCGAGACGGAGACGGAGAGUGAGACAGAGAGUGAGACGGAGAGUGAGAUGGAGACGGAGACGGAGACGGAGAGUGAGAUGGAGACGGAGAGCGAGACGGAGAGCGAGACGGAGACGGAGAGUGAGAUGGAGACGGAGAGCGAGACGGAGAGUGAGACAGAGAGUGAGAUGGAGACGGAGAGCGAGACGGAGAGUGGGACGGAGAUGGAGAGCGAGACGGAGAGUGAGAUGGAGACGGAGAGCGAGACGGAGAGCGAGACGGAGAGCGAGACGGAGAGUGAGAUGGAGAGUGAGACGGAGAGCGAGAUGGAGAGUGAGACGGAGACAGAGAGCGAGACGGAGAGUGAGACGGAGAGUGAGACGGAGGCGGAGAGCGAGACGGAGACGGAGAGUGAGACGGAGGCGGAGAGCGAGACGGAGAGCGAGACGGAGACGGAGAGUGAGACGGAGAGUGAGGCGGAGAGUGAGACGGAGAGUGAGACGGAGACGGAGAGUGAGACGGAGGCGGAGAGCGAGACGGAGAGCGAGACGGAGACGGAGAGUGAGACGGAGGCGGAGAGCGAGACGGAGAGCGAGACGGAGACGGAGAGUGAGACGGAGGCGGAGAGCGAGACGGAGAGCGAGACGGAGACGGAGAGUGAGACGGAGGCGGAGAGCGAGACGGAGAGCGAGACGGAGACGGCGCUGCUUCCUGCUCCUCAGACUGGAAUGUAA